AUGGAGGAAGAAUUGGCAAGGCAGUGGGAGGGGUUAAGUCUCAUAGAACAAGAAAGAAAUGAGGUGGUUAUACCAUUUAUUACCAUGGAAAAGGCAGUGCAACAAGGGCAGUUAUGUUUGUUGGCCUUGAUUAUAGCAGAAAAGGUUGUUAACAAAGAAGCAUUCAAGAAUACAAUGACUAAGAUAUGGAGGAUUGAGAGAUGGAUCCAAUUUUAUGAAGUAGGCUUCAACAUGUUUCUUAUAGAAUUCAAUAAGGAGGAGGAUAGGCAAUGUGUGAUCAAUGGCAGGCCAUGGUCUUUUGAUAGAUGGCUCCUGUGCCUACAUGUCUUUGAAGGUAACAUGCCUAUCAACGAGGGUCAAUUCAAUAAGAAGGCAUUCUGGCUUCAAGUCCAUAAUAUGCCAUUUGCUUGCAUGACUCAAGAAGUGGGAUAUUAG